CUCUUCUUUUGAACACCGUGCGGAGCAUUUUUUGAUCCCUUCGCGUUUCCACCUUUUCCUAUAAAUUUCUUAUUCGUCCUCUUCUGAUCUGUCGGAGCCAUUUGGUUCACUCAGGUCUGUUUAAAGCUCCUUUUAAAGAUGAACUCCUCCUCCUGCAGCCUUCUUGAAGUACAGCGGCAGAUGGAUGAAGUCAGACGGUUCCUGGCUACAACCUUGAACAUCGCUAAUGCUCACACGGUGGAGUUUUACACGCACGACGUGUGGAAGCGGUUCGUCGCCAGGUCGCCAGAUGAGGUUCUGUCUGCCGUCUGCGGCUCCUGCAGUGGCCAGCAGGGGGAGCCACAGGAAGUUCCCUCUACUGUCAUUACCGGUAAAGACCAGCAGGGGGAGCCAGCGCAUCAAGAACUUGAAACCAGAACCACAUUUGGGUUUUGCUGUGAAACGAACCGGCUUGUUGAUACUGAAGAGCUCCUGCUGGCAGCCAAGGCCCACUCAAUCCCUGGUCUUGGAGUGUGUCUGAGCAGGGAUCAGCUCCUGCAGGACCUCCAGCGGACAAGGUCUGACUCUGGUGCUCUACCAGCACAAAAAGAUGCUGCUUUGGAGCCAAGUGAGUUUAUGAACUCCAAGAAAUCUCACGAAGUCCAGUCCAUGUCUGAGGUGGUGGCCCGUUUGGCUCAGUUCUGUGGAGUCCGGCAGGUGAUAGAUGUGGGCUCAGGGAAGGGUUACCUGAGUUCAUUCCUGUCUCUUCAGCACAGUCUUCAAGUUUACGGCAUCGAUUCGUCCAGUACCAACACCCUCGGAGCUCAGGAGAGGAACAGGAAGCUGAAAAAGUUCUCCAGGGCGUACCAGAAACACUCCAAAGCAACUAGAACACAAGGAGAGGCCGCCGGUUCCCAUCAGGAGGAGAGAGGAACACUAAAACAUGGAACAGGAACUGAAUCUCAGGAGAAAGGGAAAGCAUCUCUAAGCUCAUCAGAUGUCAGCACCUCUGUGGAAAAGCAGUCAGAGCUCAGUCCAGACACGGAGGAGCUCUUCCUCAACGCCUUAUCUCUGGAUGUGAUAGAGUCUGCGUCUCCCCGAGUUCCCCCGAGCCAGCUCAGCGCUGAAGACAGGGAGAGGAGGAAGAGGGAGAACCUGGAGAGGAAGGCCCGGAACCGAAAGGACGGCGCCGGCGCCGUGUUUUCGCCUCUCACGUCGUACGUCACCGCGGAAACGGAGCUCCAGGAGCUCAUAGUCGGGCUGGAGGACGCCGUCGUGGUCGGCCUGCACACGUGUGGAGACUUGGCUCCCAGCACGCUGAGGAUGUUUGCGGCCAAACCAGAGCUGGAAGCAGUCUGCAGCGUGGGCUGCUGCUAUCACCUGCUGUCUGAGGAGUUCGACCCAGCCGGGCAGGAGCGUCUGCACGCCGCUGUCUGUGGUUUCCCUCUGAGCCGGUACCUCCGCGGCCAGUCGUGGUUCUGCGGCAGGAACGCCCGGAUGUCGGCGUGUUUGGCCCUGGAAAGAGUUUCACUCGGCCAAGGGAUUCAGAUGGAGUCUCUGUUCUAUCGAGCCGUCCUUCACGUUAUCCUCAGAGAUCACUACAGCUCCUACAAAAGUGAGAAGCGAGUGGGGAACGUCUAUUCUAAAGCAAAGUCGUUUGUGGAUUAUGUUCGGCGAGCUCUCCGCAGGCUGGAACUGGACGACUCGAAGCUUUCAGAUAGCGACAUCCAGCAUUACCACGACACUUACAGCGAGAGAAAGAACGAGAUGCACGCUUUUAACAUGCUGAAGGUGACCCUGGCUCCCUGCAUCGAGGGUCUGAUCCUCCUGGACCGCCUCUGCUUCCUGAAGGAGCAGGAGAAUGUAUCAUACUCAGCGCUGGUGCAACUGUUCGACCCCCUGCUGUCACCGAGAUGUUACGCUGUCGUCGGACUGAAGAGUUACUGAAGAAGAAUCGAAGGCUGGAAAAAAAAAACAAAAAACCAAAACUGGAGCAAAACGCACACGUUUUUUUAUUUGACAGAUCCAGUUUCCAUGUUUAUGUGGAAUUGCAUCAUCGGUUUUAGCUUUAACGUGAUUGACUAUGCAGGCAUCCAAAUCAUAUUCAGUUCCAGAAACAUGUUUAUGCUUAGUGUUGUUUGCUCUGGGAGAUAUUUCUUUACAUUUAUGUCAGUCAUUGACCUUCUGCUUCUCUCAGAGGGCGACUGGUGAAAAAAAAAAAAAAAAAAAAAAAGCCCAAA